AUGCAUCCAAUGGGAGAUUAAUUAAACAAUCUUCAAAACAACAGAAUACAUUAAUAGCCUAAUCAAAACUAUUUUCAAGACAUUCAUAAUAACUCUGUCCAGUAUUAAAACUAAUAGAAUCUUCAAAGAAUCAACUUAAGACCUUAAUAAAAUUUAAAUAUGAGUGUAGAUCAUGCUUACAGAGGACAUCAGCCUCAUCAUCACGUAUAUGAUUAGAAUGAAUAUGGAAUGAAUAUGAAUGUAGCAGGUUCUGAUCAUAUUAAUCAUUUUGCACCACCAAGGUCUGCUCAAUUCAAUCAAAGAGGAAAUUAUUAGCAUGGUAUAAAUAACAGAUAUAAUCAAAAUAUUCCAAUGAAUCAGUAUCAUUAGGCAAAUGAGGGCUAGUUAACGAAUGAUCUUAAAACCAUGGUUGAUUCUUAGAAUUAAGCAAUAGUACAAAUGAUAAACAAAAUAUAAGAGGACAAAGAGUUCAAGAUGAAGUAGAAGAAUAUGGAAUUGAUGUAACGUAUAAAGACUCUUGAAAGAAAGAAGAGAAGAAUGAAUGGAGAAGACAUUUCAGAUGGAGAAGAAGAUGAUAUAAUGGAAAUGAUGAAUGUAAACAAUAACAUACAUAACGGAAAUUAAUAUCUUUAGUAGCAAUAAAUGAUUAAUCCUGCUUUGAAUUAAAACUAUAACCAGAGAGCUUAAAUUCAAAAUAAUCAUCAUAAUCCUAUGAUCUAGCAAGCUUAAAUGCUUGAAGGUAAUGGCCUGGAUGAUCAAGAUUCUAUAUUUGCUCUAGCUGAUUCCCUUGAGCCAGGGACCUAUGUGCCCAUUGUUCCUUAUGAAGAGAAUGGAGAUGAUCAUUUCGUAGACAAUCCAUUUUAUGAUGCCGAGUAUAAUAUAAAAUAAAUAAAAGAAAGACUCAGAAGGAAAGUAGGAGAGUAUGGAAAUUCUGAUGGAUUGACAUUACAAGAAAGAGUUUAGUAAAAAUUAAGUAAUUACCAUAAUGGGACUCUCUCUUAAGCUCCCCAAUCAGCUUCAAAGUAAUCUAAAACAUAAAGUUUAUUCCUUGGAGAGGGUUAAAUAGAAAAUCAAAAUGAUGAUAGAUCUAAUCUAAAAAGCAGGGAAUCAAUUAAAUUUUAAGAUGUCGCAUUGUCAAACUAGGUUCUUGGAAAUGGAAAUGGGGGAGGCUUCAUGGGUAAAUUCCUAAAAAAAAUUGAUAAUGAUAAAUAGCUAUAGAAUGAUCUUUAUGCCAAAGUAAGAAGAGAUAUUCCAAAGUAUGGUUAUGCUGAAUUAGUCAGAGAUUUUAGAAUUGAUGAAGAGAUAGGAAUGGAAAAAGAUAAAAAACUUGAGCCUUAUGAAAAAACUCAAAAGCAUCUUUCAUUGCUAGAUAAAAUCUAAGAUAUUUAGAGAGAAAGGAUACAAAAACUGAUUUUAGCUGACUAAGCAGGCAAGAAACAAGGUUCCCCGCUCAAAGGGUUCUAGGCUGAGUAAGUUUAUCUAAUUAAAGAAAUACUUGAUUAUGAGAAAGAAGAUGAUCAAAUCUUAGCUCUUAUCGAUAGAAAAUAUCCGAACGAGGAGGAGUCAUUAAAAUGGUUAAUUGCAUAGAUGAAACCCUUCUUUUUAACUUUAAUGAAUGAAACUAGAUACGACUAUUCGAGACUCAUUUUAGAUGAAGCAAAGAAAUAAUAUGGGUAUGCAGAUGAAGGUGACAAGCAAAAUUCAAAUGAAUAUGGUUAAAAUUAUCAUUUAUUGGAUGAUAAUAAAAAUGAUCCAGAGGUAAUUUAGCUAAGCAGAGAUAAUCUUAUGAGAAAGUUUGAGGCAAAACUUAAAAUACUUGUUCAGUGUUUCGAGAAAGUAGAUGUCUAAAAGAUACCUGCAAGUCUUUUGAAGCAGUUGAAUUUAAUUUUAAACUCACCAAAAAAAGAUGAAUUAUCUUUAAUGGAAUGGAAUAGGUUAGAAGCUAACGAGACAAGCUCUACUGCAAUUGUUAAGUAAGAAUUUACUAUUAAAAUAUAAUCCUUCCUUAGUUAAUAAGAUAAACUUGAGAUGACUAUGCUGAUUGGAAUGUAUGUAAUAGGAAGGAUUUUAACAAUAAAACUAUUCUUGAAGCCCAACGAUAGCGGGCUAGGGAUACUUGCUUCUGGAACUUUAAGAAAGUAUUUUUGCGCAAGAUUUAAUAUUUUUGAUUAUAGGAAUUUAAAGAUUUUUGCAACUGUGAUGUAUAGCACUUUUCAGAGUUUUAUUAUUAGAAGUAUCAAGGUUAAGAGAACUGAUUUUAGAAAUGAUAGUGAUAUGAUUAGCAAGGCAUUAUUUGAUAAAUAUUUGAUGGAUAAAUACCUAAUGGAUUUGCCUAAAAAGAAUGAACUUGAGUAAUCAAUGAUAGAAAUGAUAAGUAAAAUAAUCUAUAAAUUGAAUUAGUGA